GAGUGUGUGUGAGGGGAGUGUGCAUGUGUGUAAGAGAGACCGGAGAAAGAGCAAGCCCAUUCGGCACGAGCAGGAGGAAACCCCAAGAGCACUACGCUUGAGUGGUCCGAUAAAACAGCGUUUCUAAGCAAUCAGCCCGUUUGGCGAGGCUCUCGUGCCUGUUUGAAGUCAGUUUGCGGCGGGUGCCGAGCUAAAUCCGCUAUUUAUGGUACGCUCCGUUCCAUUUCAUCAUUGCGUUCCAAUAUGGACUAGCGGGGCACUCACUGCAACACAGCGCCGUGUAGGUGAGACGUCCAUUCUGUUCUGCACCAACAACAAAAAUCAAACCAGUGAGCCAGCGUCUCGAUUCGGACCUCUCCAGCUGGCACAGCGCACAUUUCAUAGGAUGAUUUUGCAUAGAGCAACACAUUGAGAGGGCUGUUUUCGUCAGCGCCUGAUCUGGAUUAUCGGUGAUUUUAACUUCGUCGGGAUGGGGAAGGAACAGGAACUACUGGAGGCAGCCCGUACUGGGAAUGUUGUAUUGGUGGAAAAACUAUUGAGUGGCAAGAAAGGUUUACUGGGCUCAGGUUCCGGACAUCUCCCCAAUUUAUUGAGUAUCUGGAGAGGGCUGAAUGUGAACUGUGCUGAUAGUUCAGGAUACACUCCACUUCAUCAUGCUGCGCUGAAUGGACACAGGGAUGUGGUGUUGAAGCUGCUGCAGUUUGAGGCGUCCACUAAUGUGGCCGACAGUAAAGGCUGUUUCCCCCUGCACCUGGCCGCCUGGAGGGGAGACAUGGAGAUUGUCCGCAUCCUCAUCCACCACGGCCCCUCACACUGCAGGGUCAACGAGCAGAACCAUGAGAAAGAGACAGCGCUGCACUGCGCAGCGCAGUACGGCCACUCGGACGUGGUCGGCGUCCUGCUCCGUGAGCUGACCGACCCCAGCAUGCGUAACCGGCGCGGCGAGACGCCCCUGGACCUGGCGGCGCUGUACGGCCGGCUGCCGGUGGUCUGCAUGCUGGUCAACGCCCACCCGGCACUCAUGCACAGCAGCAGCCACACGCACCAGCACACGCCGCUGCACCUGGCCGCCCGCAACGGACACCACGCCGUGGCCAGCGUCCUCAUCGAGACCGGCAUGGACGUCAACGUGCAGACAGAGAAGGGCAGUGCUCUGCAUGAAGCGGCUCUCUAUGGGAAGAUUGAUGUAGUGCGACUCCUGCUUGACUCAGGGAUUGAUCUGAACAUCAGAGAUUGCCAGGGGAGGACAGCGCUGGACAUCCUCCGAGAGCAUCCGACACAGAAAUCACACCAGAUCGCAGGCCUUAUUCAAGAUUACAUGAUGGACGAGUGUGACCGGAGUCUCCUGGAGGAGCCGGUGCGCCACUGCCCCAUCCCCACCCCACGCACCAACAUGUCCUCGCCCGCCGCCUCUCCCUCCCUCAGACACAAGAAUGAGGCAGUGACGGGGGAGCUGUCGCGGCUGCUGAAUGAGAUUAAGCGGUGUCGGGACAGGGACUACUCCUUCGAGGAGCUCUGCCACACCAUCUCCUCCCACUCCAUGGAGAGCUUCGGCAGUGGACGCCUCUCGGACGAGGAGCGCAACGGCACACUCGGCAGGGUCAGCAAGAGGCCGACACCCCCACUGCCCCCUGCGUUAGAGGAAGAGGAGAAGAGCUGCGGUCCUGCUUUCUGGGAAGUGCUCACCCCCUGCAACGGAUGUAGAAACCUGGGCUUCCCCAGUCUCUCUCAGGAUUCCAAGCGGUCUGGCGAGAUCGUGCCGUCCCCGUCGCUGGACGUGUUUUUGCCAGAGGACGAGGAUAAUCCAUACGAGUCGGUGGCGACGGCCGUCACGCGCAAGCCCUGCUCGCUGGACAUUAGCCGUCUGCACUCCUGCCCCCGAAAUGGCCAUUCCCUGCAUGUGACUGUUGAUGAGUCUGAGCUGUGUAACCAUGGUAACUCGUCCUGUGGGCCGACUCCAGACUGCUCCCCUCCUUCUCCCGACACAGCACUAAGGAACAUCGAGAGAGUCAUCCGUCCACAGCCCAAGCAGCGUACCUCGUCCAGCCAGGAUGCCCAGCAGCCCAAGCAUCCCCCACCGCCGGUGCCCAACCCUGGCUACGACCCGUCGGAGGUGAGCUCGUCCCUGGGCUACGCCAGCUUCAGCACCAGCCCCCCCGCCAGCCCACCAGUCAGCCCCGCCAACUACUCCGUCUGCUCUGCGGAGGACUGCGCCCUGCCAGACGAGACCCCUUCGCAGCGUGAGUGUGUGUUGAAGGACGCGUCGCGCCGCGAGAGCCGUGUGCCUGAGGAGUUCGCUGGCCUGCUGCACGGCUCCUCGCCGGCCUGUGAGACGCCGGACACGCCCUACCAGCUGUACGGCCGCGUUGCCAGCGCCCCUCAGCGCUACCACGGCAACCUCCUCUUGCCCCCGCCGCCCCCCUCACCCCCCUCUCCGCUCCCUCCUCCCGUCCCGCUCCCACGCACGUCCAGCAACUCCUCCUCGACGUCGGCCACCUCCAAAGGUCAACCGCCGCGUGUCGAGCCCAAGCCGCAGGUUCGCUACCGCACCAUUUUCCACACGCGGGUCAACCAGAACCACAGUCCGGAGGCCGGCGGCAGCGGCUCUGCCACGCGGGUCCAGCCCAGUCCCACCGCGGCCACGCCGGCCGCGGGUGCCCAUGUGAGGAACGGCGUCGAGGCCUGGAGCGCGGGCAGCGUCAGCGCCAGCAGCAGCGUUGGCACCAGCCCCUCGGGCAGCAGCGGUACGGCCACCAGCACCGUGGUCGUCGUCUCCGGCGGCGCCCACAGCAGCUUCGAGGAGCGGGCGUGCACGCUCGGGAGGAUGCGGUCAGUACCGCGCAGCGUCCUGGACCUGCAGCUCUCCCGCUGCAUCUCCAAGUCCGACUCCAACCUGGUGGGCAGUUCGCCCGUGGAGGAGGGCGGAGGGGGAGGCCGGGGGCCGACCAGCCCAGGGAAGGGCAGCCCUGCUGGGGGGAGGCUGGAGAGGACGCCCUCCUUCACCGCAGAGUGGGAGGAGAUUGACAAGAUUAUGAGCUCGAUAGGAGCCGGUAUUGGCACGGGAUUAGAGGAGGAGGCAGACGAGGACUUCUCAGGACCGCGCUGCCCCGUCCAGUCGGUGGGCCAGUGGCUUGACAACAUCGGCCUCGUCCAGUACGAGAACCACCUGCUGGCCAACGGCUUCGACAACGUGCAGUUCAUGGGCAGCAAUGUGGUUGAAGAUCAGGACCUGCUGGAGAUUGGAAUCUUAAACUCGUCACACAGACAGCGCCUCCUACAGGCCAUCCGGUUAUUGCCACGGGUGCGGCCCAUUGGUUAUGAUGGGAACAACCCCACGUCGGUGGCUGAGUGGCUGGAGUCUUUGGAGCUGGGCGACUACACCAAGUCCUUCCUCAUCAACGGCUACACCUCCAUGGAGCUGGUCAAGAAGAUCUGGGAGAUCGAGCUCAUCAAUGUGUUGAAGAUCAGUCUGAUUGGUCACAGGAAGAGGAUCCUUGCAUCACUGGGGGAUCGCCUACACGAGGACGUGCCUCAGAAACCACCAAGAGCCAUCUCUCUGAGGGAGCCCACUGGUAACCACACCCCGCCACAGCUGUCUCCGUCGCUGAGCCAGGCGGCCUACACCAACGCCGGCUCGCUGGACGUCCAGCACCUCAUCAUGCAGGCCGACGCCCGGCGCCGACGCAAUGACAACUACUUCGAUGACGUGCCGCGCUCCAAACUGGAGAGGCAGAUGGCCCAAGUCAGCAUGCAAGGAGAAUGGUGUGAACCAAUCACGUUGCGACCCCCCAACGAGGCCACAUCAUCCACUCCAGUGCAGUACUGGCAGCAUCAUCCGGAAAAGCUCAUCUUCCAGUCAUGUGACUACGAGGCAUAUUAUCUGGGCUCCAUGCUGGUGAAGGAGCUGAGGGGCACAGAGUCAACACAGGACGCCUGCGCCAAGAUGAGGAAGUCGACAGAACAAAUGAAGAAGGUGCCGACCAUCGUUCUCUCUGUCUCCUACAAGGGGGUCAAAUUCAUCGACGCCACCAACAAGAACCUGGCGUAUGAGAUCAUCCUGACGCUGGGCCAGGCGUUUGAGGUGGCCUACCAGCUGGCCUACGAAGCGGCGGAAGAGUGGCCCGCGACCAGCACACUGCCGAGGCUUUUGACAGCAAACCCGCCCAAGCCAAGUCCCAAGCCCAGCGUCAACAUCCUUGAUGGGAUUAACAGUCACACCCUGAUGGACGAGCUCUGCUCACAGGAGCCGCCACCUCCAGCGCCCCCGCCCCCCAAGGGCCCCUCCCUGAUCUCUCCUCCCCAGCCAGAGAGCACACCUGUCAUGCCCCCCACUAGCCGCUGGUCCCUGGGGCACAUAUACACCCCUCACCGGCCUCCUCUACACCCUCCUCCUCCUCCUUCUCCUUCUUCCCGACUCCUCCAUCACCCCCACAAAGUUCAAUUUCAGAUGGAGCAGCCCUCAAUGGACCAGAAGGGCCACGCCAACGUCCCUUGGAUAGUGGAGCCCAACCAAGAGGCCAAGCGAGGCGCCAACACCAAGGCAAUGGCGGACGCCCAUGUCUAUUACUCUGGAAUGCAAAGAAUGUAGCCAGCCCUUAACAUGGACCCUCUCACACAUACAAUGCAAAAGGACCACAAACAUGGACCCCUGUCUCUCUGUCACAAACACACACACACACACACACAAAGAAACGUGUCAAAGGACUACAAACUUUGGAUGCCUGUUUUCUCUUAAACACGUCAAAGGACUACAAAAAUGGACUGCUGUUUGUCAAAGUGGCAAAGGACUACAAACAUGGACGCUCUCAGGCGUUGACAUUCAAUUAAAAAGUUUACUUCAGAUGAAGACUUUGUCACUUGGUGUCAAAAUGAAUAGACCCAAAGACUAAAUGCCUUUCUCCCAGAAUACAUGUACUCACAUGUACCCAUACUCAUUCAUACAUACAGUACAUACACACACACACACACACACACACACACACACACACACAGACACACAGACACACACACACACACACACAUGCAAGCAAAACUAUACAAACAUACAUUUUAAGGAUUGCACACUAACAGAUAUUUCUUUGAUUUGAAUGUAAACGUUAAUUGAGUCUGACCACAAGAACUGCAGCUGCCGAGGAGACAAACAACCCCCCCAGGCAAAAGUUUGCUGUGGAUAUUCUUUUUUUUUCUUUCUGGUAGACUCGUGCACACACACACACACACACACACACACACACACACACGCCUCUUUGCUUUCUGAACAAAAUAAAAGCAAGACUACACCUCUGUAUCUCUUAAGGGGAGUGGCAUGGAAAAAAAGAUUGCCUGGUUUGCCGUUUCAGUACUUCUGUUGUUUAUUUUUAUUUUUUUUCUGUUUCAUUCUCUUGUUUGUUUAUUUUCUAUCCUUCCCUUUAUGAUAAACAAUACAAUAUGAAUAUGCACAAUGUGAAUGGACUCACCGCAUGGAACUGGUAUAACAAAGAGACAUGUAAGUGCUGAUAUCACCUAGAGUGGUCUGCAGACAUGAGUGGCAUGUCUUUAGCAGAUAAAUGUUCAUAUUGAGAGACGUUUUAAAUGUUUAAUAUGAGAUUCUAUUACUGUUAAUUAUAAUUCUAAUUAUUGUUGUUGUGCAAUUCUUGUCUAAUGUUGUCUCAAUGUUACAUUAUUUUUGUAUGACAUGUCAAAAAAUUGGGCUACAGAACAAUAGCCAUUUUCAAAGAAGAUUAAAAGAUAUAUUAUAGUAUUGGAAGAUGGUAAAGUGGGUUGGAUUUGGAUUUCAGGUGAAUACUUACUUCAGCUACCAUGGGGCUGAACUAUUACCUUCAAGCAGAUGUUCCUAUUUUGACGCAGUAUUACUGUAUGACUGACCAUAGCUCACGUGUACAUAAAUAUUUUGCCAAUUUCAUUGUUCAUACUUGUAAGGUAGUUUAAAAAAAAUGAGUUUGCAUUACAAACGCACUGGAAAGCAAAGAUGGUACCAAAAUCAAAGGUCAAAAGAUUAAAAUAAAAAAGAUAAAAUGAAAAUCUAUUUGUUACAUAGAGAUUGUAUGGCUGAUGGGUGGGGAGUGUGAUAUUAUUUCGACAGACUAACAAACAUACACACACUCGGGCUUCCAGAGUAGGUUUACAGUAUAUGUUCAUUUAAUUUAUAUCCAUGGAAUAAACCGGAAUUGUACAACCAG